AACCAUGUUAUCUUUGCUUAUACAUGUCUUAGUAUAUUUGACGUGUCGCAAGAUCUGAGUAUAUUAACAAAAACAUUUCAAUUAUUAAUAGGUAAUCAAAGCAUAACCAUACAUUAGAUUUCCCUUAUUGAUAAGAGAGUAUUAUAUGUGUCAUUUGCCUCUUUUUCAUUUGAGCAUCACUGGCAGCAAUGACCACCACUGAGUUUCAAAGCUGCUUCAUCUUCCUCCUCUUAUGUCUCUUCUCACUCGUCUGUUACUCUCUCUUUUUCAGGAAACCAAGCUCAAGACGGGACGCCCAUGGCUGUGAUCUGCCUCCGAGCCCUCCUUCUUUGCCAGUCAUCGGCCAUCUUCACCUUAUCCUCUCUUCCCUUGUCCACAAGUCUUUUCAAAAGAUCUCCUCCAACUACGGACCUCUCCUCCAUCUCCGCAUCUUCAACGUUCCCAUAGUCCUCGUCUCCUCUGCGUCAGUGGCCUACGAUAUCUUCAGGGUGCAUGACUUGAACGUCUCUUCUCGCGGCUCCCCUCCGUUUGAGGAGUCACUGUUGUUCGGAUCUACCGGCUUCAUUAGUGCUCCCUAUGGAGAUUAUUUCAAGUUCAUGAAGAAACACCUGGUCACAAAGCUCCUUGGACCACAGGCACUCGAGCGCUCACGCCUCAUCCGGACAAAUGAACUAGAACGGUUUUACAUAAACCUGCUUGAUAAGGCGACGAAGAAGGAGAGCGUUGAAAUUGGUAAGGAAGCGAUGAAGCUCAGUAACAACAGCAUCUGCAAGAUGAUCAUGGGGAGGAGUUGUUUAGAGGAAAAGGGUGAGGCAGAGAGAGUCAGGGGUUUGAUUAUCGAGUCGUUUUACUUGACGAAGAAAUUUUUCUUGGCAUUCACUUUGCGCGGGCUGCUCGAGAAGCUUGGAAUCUCGCUGUUCAAAAAAGAAAUAAUGGGAGUUUCCCGCAGAUUUGAUGAUUUGCUCGAAAGGUAUCUUAGGGAACAUGAAGAGAAACCAGAUAAUGAGCAUCAAGAUACGGACAUGAUUGAUGCACUAUUGGCAGCUUAUCGAGACGAAAAGGCCGAGUAUAAGAUCACUAGGAACCAGAUCAAGGCGUUUUUAGUGGAUAUUUUCAUUGCGGGCACUGACAUCUCGGCGCUAACAACGCAGGGAACAAUGGCUGAGAUCAUUAACAACCCUAACAUAUUUGUGAGAAUUAGAGAAGAAAUCGAUUCUGUUGUAGGGAAAUCAAGGCUGAUUCAAGAAACGGAUCUACCAAAGCUCCCUUACUUGCAAGCGGUAGUCAAAGAAGGGCUUAGAUUGCACCCGCCUACGCCUCUCAUGGUAAGGGAGUUCCAAGAAGGGUGUAAGGUCAAAGGUUUCUACAUACCAGCGAGCACAACCCUUGUUGUUAAUGGUUAUGCUGUGAUGAGAGAUCCAAAUGUCUGGGAAGACCCUGAGGAGUUCAAGCCGGAGAGGUUUUUAGCUUCUUCAAGAUUAAUGCAAGAGGACGAGAUAAGAGAGCAAGCCCUCAAGUACAUCGCUUUCGGUAGUGGAAGGAGAGGCUGCCCAGGAGCAAAUGUAGCUUAUAUCUUUGUAGGAACCGCGAUUGGAAUGAUGGUGCAAUGCUUUGACUGGAGAAUCAAUGGAGAAAAGGUUGACAUGAAAGAGGCCAUUGGAGGACUGAACCUGACCUUGGCUCAUCCCCUUAAGUGCACUCCUGUUGCUCGAUUCCCAAAACCUUUUUAAGUUCAAAUUAUUAAAACCGAUGUUCCAUGUUUGAUGUUGGUGACUGGACUAGUGUUGUAAGAUGGUUGAAGUAAAAUAAUAAGGAAGCUUGCUUUCUGUUGUUCUGUAACUACUGGUUUAUUCAUUCUCUAUUCAGGUUUCCAGGCUUAUCAGCUUAUGUUUGGUUUCUUUUAUCACCCGGAUUGCUGUAUGAACCAAAGCUACGUUGUUUUGUUUUUCAUUUUUGUUUUCAAAAUGAAAUGGCAUUAGAGC